AAUUGGGCAGGCCCAAACUAAAUCGGCCCAAAGUGGGCCCAUAAUAUUGGGGGAUAUAUAGAGGGUUGUGAGGCGAGAGAAAACCCUAAAGAGAAACUGAGGCAGCCGGAGAGAGAGAGAGAGAGAGAGAGAGAGAGAUAAAGAGAGAAUGGAGGAGAUGAUGAAAACGACCAAGGCAGAGGAGGAGACGACGAAAACGACCAAGGCAGAGGAGGAGUUGGUGCAGGCGAAGAUGCACCGUGAGAUUACGAAGCUCGAUGAUGAGAAGCUUUGGGCAGAGUUUGAACCGUUGGAAAUCGAUAAGAUCGAGAGUGGUGAAAUCAAACCCAAGACCUUGAUCACCAAUCGUGGUCGGUUCCACUCUCCGCUAUUUCGUAAGAGGGAACCUAUAAUUGUAAAGGAGAUGCUCUCAGUGUUCCCUAAUUCUACUUACAUCAAGUGGAAGAGAAGGUGGAAUCCCGACUCGGUAAAAGACCUGAUGGUAAUAGCAAAAGAGAGAGAGUGUACGUCUCUCGUUCUCGUCGAUGCAAACCCUUUGGGACAUGAUGAAAUAUGUAUUGUAAGCUUGUUGAAUGGUGCUGCCGCUUAUUUCAGGGUUUGUAAUCACAUCCCGCGUGAGGAUCUACCGGAUCAAGCAAACGCCCCGAAAUGCCUCCUCGAUCCUUAUGUUCAUAUGGCACUUUUUACAUCUCAGGCCGGUCUUGGCCUUAGCAGAUUGAUACAAUCACUCUUCCCCAAGGCCCCCACUAAUUCCAGAACCAACAAACCCUGUCGAAAGAACGCUGCACUUUUCCAGUACAAAGAUGGUUUUGUCUUUUACCGACAUCAUUGGCUCCACUCUGAGAAAGCAGCCGUUUCAGAAGAAAUGCCAAAGCUCACCUGGAAGGAAGUUGGACCUCGUUUCCAACUCUUGUUUCUAGGUGUGAAGAAGGUAUCACUUGUCACGGGGAAUUUCAAACUUAUCUGCAUGCCUCGCCCCUCUCACUAUUGCUGCCCACAACGUCGCCUUAUGAUUCCGCCUAUUUAGAUGCUCUCUCCAUGUUUGCUGUAGUAUUCUGACAUGGUCUUUUGCCUUGGGGUCAUUUAUAUUGGCCCUUUUUGUUACAAACUAAAAAUGAGAAGAAAAAAAGAGGUCAUCUUGUUUUUUCUUCAA